UGUCAAAUAAGACUUCGCAUUAUGCCGUGUUGGACGUAGGGACCACGCGAAAGAUGACGUAAUGACAGUACCGAAUCAACGAUCAUCAAAACCGAGACGAUGUGUCUGUUGGGGUCCACAGUAUUGGCAACCGAACGGAACCAAUCCAACCGACUCUUCCCCUUCGUUUGCUUCUGAUUCGCUUCUUCCAUUCUCCUCCGACGGUCAAGAAACCGAAUUCCCCAUGAUAAUUUUACAAUAAAGAAGAUGAAACCCCUACUCCGUAUAAUCCCUUAAUUUCUUCAAUUUUCUUUGAUAAUUAUUGUGGUAGCUGCUCAAAUGGCGUCUUCGUCUUUGUUCAACGGUGAGCGGGCGGUUGUCCUCGUAUUCAUCUCCCGCGUUCUUUUCUCUCUCCCCUUCUCUCUUCUCCUUCACGGCCUCUCUCUCUCCCUCCUCGCCCUCUCCGCAUUCGUCGUCGAGAUCCGUGCCGAGACUUCCGCUUCUCUUUCUAUUUUCAAGACCAGGCCUGGUGCUUCAUCAGGAAUACUGCUUGGGGCAGUAACGCUUCCCGUGGUUAUGCUCUCAAAGUUGAUACAGCUGUCACGAGCAUUCUCAUUGCAUGAAGUCGCAAUCGAAGAGCUUCAAUACUCGACUGUGCAAUACUGGGCUACAUCUGCCAGCUGCUUGAGUGUGCUCGUAUUCAUCUACAUAAUUAUGAUGCGUGCCCCUGAUGGUACACAACACCCUGGCUCGCAUUGUAGUUUGGAUGCUAAAUUUAGUUUAUGUGGUAUUCUCAUAUGUGUUGUAGCGUGUGGUGUCUCUCUUCUUACAACAUCUCAUACUGGAUUUAUCAUGAUAUUGAAUCUGUUGUGGGUGCUCUGUCAUGGAUUGGUGGCAGUGAAACUGAUCCGGCAUUUUCUAAAUACUUUUCCGUCUUGUGCUUCCAUUGGGGAAGCACUUUUGGUGACUACGGGCCUUGCUCUUUAUUUUGGUGACAUGUUAGCAUGUACAAUCGUGAAGGCGAUUGGAUAUAUAAGUUCAUCUGAGUUGGUUUUUGCUCAAUAUGGAAUCAAAAGAAGUGAAAUUACUACAGUUAUUCAGGGGGUGAUACUAGGACUUCUUCUUUUUCCAGUGAUCUUUAAGUUUGUUGUUCAAGUAUGGGAAUGCUCAAGUAGGGGUUACUCUGAAGCAAGGACAUACAACGAGAUAGGCCGAUCUUUUAUAUUCUUUGCAUUCCUUGGAGUUGUCUUGGUUGUGAUCAUCCCAUCAUGGAUGCAGUUCGUUAAUGAUUUUAAUUUACAUCCAUUGUUGUGGGUAAUCUCAUUUGUAUUUUCAGAACCGCUUAAAAGACUAUCUUUAUGUAUCUACUGGGUGUGUGUGAUAUAUGUGUCUGUUCUGCGGUUCUACAACAUUUCAAAGAAUAGUAAGAUUGAAAGAAUUCUCCUUCGAAAAUACUAUCAUCUGAUGGCUGUUUCGAUGUUUCUGCCUGCUCUUAUCUUCCAGCCAAAGUUUCUGGAUCUAGCAUUUGGUGCAGCUUUGGCAGUUUUCUUGGUAUUAGAAAUUAUACGAGUAUGGAGAAUAUGGCCUUUGGGACAACCUAUACAUCAAUUUAUGAAUGCUUUUACAGACCAUCGUGAUUCUGAUCUUCUUAUUGUUAGCCAUUUCUCACUCUUGCUUGGUUGCGCGCUUCCUAUUUGGAUGUCUUCUGGGUACAAUGAUCGACCACUCACCCCUUUUGCUGGAAUUUUGAGUCUUGGAAUUGGAGAUACAAUGCUUCUCUUUUUCAGAUAGUGCUGUCUCCUCCACACCUUUCAAGCCCAACAACUCCUCCAAGGACUUCUUAUGAUGCUACACAUUUCCAAAGUGUUGCUAAUUCCACCUCUUCAAGUCAUUUUUACAACUCCUGUUUUUGAGCCAAGAUAAAAAUUGGAUUUUAUUGGAAAUGAUAGGAUGACCACUAUUGUCUAACACUGUUGACAAAACCUUGUGCUUUUAGUCACAUAUUUUCAAAUGUAAAAUACAUUCCACCCUUCUGAGUACUUUUUCAAUUUAGAAUAAUGGGGAGAUGAAGACUCCCUUUUGACAAAAAGGUGCAAUUCCUAAUUUGGAGAUACGUGGAAUCUGUAACUUCUUGACCAAGACUGAUUACCUGGACUGGUAAACCACGUGAAGGAGCCUUCCACAAGGGGAACAUCCAUAAGAUUCUGCUUAAAGAUGAAGUCUGAGAAAUCCAACAUAUACAAACAAAUAUGAGCUUCACCCGAUCUCUCACUUGGUAAUCAAGUGACAUUGAAAUCCUCACCAAUACACCAUAGUAAUUCUCAUCAACUACAAAGACCAACCGGCUCCUUGCACAAUCCAUUCAAUUGCUAUUGGCAUUUGGCUCAUAAACACCCGCAAAAGCUCAAGAGAAACCAUCUUCUACAUGGCAUUUUAAAAGAAAAGGCCACCGUGAAUUCCCCAAUACACUAUCAUUUUCUUCGCCACCCUAUUUUUGUACACUAACAAAACUCAAGGGCUCCACAGUCCAAGGGAGGAAGAUGGGUCAAAUGCGUGCAAAAUUGUUUCUAUUUAAAAGAUUUACUAAUCGUUACCGUUUUGAUGUGAUUUUAUAUUUUGACUUUCAUAGCAAAUUGUCUUAUAGGGAAGUGGGUUUAACCCAUGGAACUUGUUGAAGUAGAUGGCUCAAACAACAAUUUAGUUUUAACUGAAA